AUGAAAGUCUAUUUAGCCUUGAUAUAUCUAUGGUGUAUUAUACAAUUUAGUGAUGCUGAUUGGGUUCGUGUAUGGGAAGAUAAUUUCGAUUGGGAUGGUGGCAUUGAUCUCAACAAAUGGGAAUUUGACGUUGGUGGUCAUGGCUGGGGAAAUAAUGAAAACCAAUAUUAUACACAAAAUCGAAUAGAAAAUGCUCGUUGUGAGCGCUUUCCAGGUAGUGCAAAUGGUCGUUUGAUCAUUGAAGCACGCAAAGAAGAUUAUGGUGGUAGUCGGUUUACUUCAGCUCGUUUGAAGAGUAAAGUAAAAUGGACAUAUGGUCGCUUACAAAUUCGUGCUUUACUUCCCGUUGGUCGUGGUAUAUGGCCAGCACUUUGGAUGUUACCUGAAAGACAAGUUUAUGGUAGUACCUAUUGGCCAGACAAUGGUGAAAUCGAUUUAAUGGAACAAGUAGGUUAUGAUCCAUUACGUAUUCAUUCGACAGUUCAUACAAAAGCUAAUAAUCAUAUGUUAAAUAAUCAUCCAAGUAAUUCUGUUAUUGUGGGUGAUGCCACGACAACUUUUAAAAUCUAUACACUUGAUUGGAAUGCCAAUACAAUUGAAAUGUUUGUUGGUAGUGAAGCUAAUCCAUUUCAAACGAGAAUUUUUGUUUGGAAUAAACAUGGCGAUUGGACAACCUGGCCAUUUGAUAAGCCAUUUUUUGUUCUUCUUAACAUUGCUGUUGGUGGUUCAUGGGGUGGUUCACAAGGAAUUGAUGAAAAUAUAUUUCCUCGUCGAAUGGAAAUCGAUUGGGUUUACUAUUAUCAAUGGCGUUAA